UCUACUGAGCCAACUCAACCUGUCGCUGACUAUACUCCCGCGUCGCCGGUUUCUUCCCUAGCUCGCCCCUUUCAAUCUGUCGACACCGCUGGAUCCACGGGAGCCAAUCGGUGUCGACACCAACAAACAACAGUCCUCCCACGCUACUCCGUUGUCGACUGCUUCUCCUCAGGUUACUUCUCCGUCAGCAACUUCUCCUUCGACCUUCCCGGGGCUGGCGAUCAAGCCUUCUGCUUUAAAGGCAAUUGCCAGACUCCGCAAUCUGGUGAAAUUGCGUGAUGUUUCUUCAGACUCUGAGCAAUUCCAUUAUGGCAAAAUGGGCCCUGAGGCGAUGAAAACUAAGGCUCUUAUGGACAAAAUCCGCGUGCACGCCUUGAACUCUAACCUUCUUUUCGUGCUCAUGCAUGAACCUGCUGUCGGUCCAGAGAUUCUGAGCGCACUUGCCCAGCUAAAGGAUCUCCAACUCUCUGAUUAUGCCAGACUUGCAAUGGCGGCUCUAGAACAAAUCUUGGUGCCUAUGUUGCGCCAUAUUGACAGCGUUCGGGACACUGAGCGCCAAAUUGCUGAUACUGAGGCCUCUGUGAAGGAGAAAUGGGAGUUGGUGAUGCAUGCCGACGUGGAAGUUACCAGUAUGUUGAUGUCUAUGGAGGAGCGACAGAAGGAAUUGACUUCCAAACAAGCAAGGGCCACUGAGCUACGUCAACAAAUCGAUGCCCUUCAACGUCAAAUUGCCACCUUGGAUAAUGAGUUGGACUCAAUUGUUAAGGAGGAGUCCCGUUUUGUCGACGAAGUGCUACAACCUGCUCAGGCCACUGUGGAACAAACUACCCGUGAUGCCUUAGCGGUCGGUGAAGAACUUAUGGUUGUCGAAGGGAAGCUUGAGGAGCUUAAAGCCUAUGCCGACACCCUGGAGCCUGCGUCUCUGCACUACAAUUUCGAACUCAAAUCCUUCCAAUCCAAGUUCGGCCAGAUUUGA